AGAGAGCUGGCAACCGGAAGCUGUGAUCAGCUGAUGGAGGAGGCGCUCCAGGAGAGGUGAGCCAUCUUCCCCCGGCAGACUGAUACGCUCUCUGAUAGAGCCUGGACGAGCGAGAUACGGGAAAUAUUCUGGGGGAUCCCGGUGUCAUUCGGAGGCAGAGACGAUUAUAAGACGCCGAGACAGCCGAUGUCAGUGUGGACGGAAGAUAACGUGACUUGAAGGACUGAUCGGAGUUUGUGCACCGGAGCUGACGGAGGAGUAAAGCAGCUUUGAACGGCAGACAGAAGGCUGCGAUACUAAUACAAAGAACGGAAAACACUGAGCUAGGAGUGAGGAUUAACAUCGAAAUAUGAAGCGUGUGUAAUGUAUGAAAAUGCAAAAGUGCAGAGGGUCGCUGAUGAAGCGGCAUGCGGUCGUUAAAGCGCGGCAGGUGUGAAGCUUCACCGGUCCAUGUAAACAAAUAGCGAGUCAAGCUAGUUUAAGUUAGCCGACUGGAGCUUAGCUUUGCGCUGCUAUUCCAUCCAGCUAACGUGAGGUGGUCGGGUCAGAACCAAGGUAAACCGGACCGGGCGAGCCUGUCCUCACAUUUCACAUCCAGUUUAACCUCAGUGUGGAGGUCUGCGGCCGAUGACAGCUGUUUGUGUCGUCUCGGUGUGCACUUAUUAGCAUAAUUAGCCUCGCAGCUAACGUCGGUGUGCUAAGUGUUAUUUGCAUUAGCAGCCCAGCAUUAGAACAUAGAACCAGAACACUAAAUGCGGAACAAAGAGGACGUGUGGCACUGACAUGUGUGUGUGUUGACGUCCACUCGUUUAGGAAUAUUUUCUUAUGAGAGAGUACACAGUGUGAGGACCUGGGGAGUGCUACAGUAAGGACAGCGAGCUGAACACAGAGGAUGAAAACAACUUAACGACUUGGUAAAGAUUGAAUCAGACGGUGUGUAUGGACAGCCAGCUGUAUGUCGUGUGUCAGCCGCACGGUGGCUGGGUUUAGUCGGUUUGGCUCGGUUCUACUCUCCGCUGUGUUUGACAGUAACCACACUUAGCUGUGUGUGUGUGUGUGUGUGUGUGUGUGUGUGUUUGGCUCGUUUGUCCUCUCAGCAGUCGGCUACAGUGCAGUCAAACAGAGCUCCUGUUCAAAGUAACAGGCUGUAAAAGAGAAGCAGGCAGCAUGGAGCGGACUGACACAUCCAUUUAAAGCACUCGUGUUGUAGUGUUUGAAUAGAAAGCAGCUCUAAAACACAGGAGCAGUGUCGCGCAGUCGCUCUGUACUUGUAGUUUAGUGUGUGUACGUCCUUGCAGGCUGUUUAAAGGAGACCUCCGCCUCGUCACAGUUUGUAUUAUGGAGCUGUGUUCGAGGGCCCAGCGGUAAGCCUCUCAGCUGUGUUUUGGUUGCUAGUGGCCUCCCCUCCCCCAGCCCUCACACUCUCUUGAUUCUCCCCGAGUGUUGGACACUGUUCUCGGGUUUCCAGCCCCCCCCCCCCCCCCCCCCCCCACACUCUGGUUUUUAAGAGCGAAGAAAAACAGGCCGUGGCCUCAAGUCGCAGUCCUCUGGACUCCGAAGCAGUUAAAAAGUGGAUGUAAUGGAACUUAUGUUCGCCGAGUGGGAGGAUGGGGAGAGGUUCUCCUUCGAAGACUCGGACCGGUUCGAGGAAGACUCUCUGUGCUCCUUCAUCUCAGAGGCCGAGAGUCUCUGUCAGAACUGGAGGGGAUGGAGGAAGCAGUCCGCCGGACCCAACUCCCCGACUGUCAAGAUUAAAGAUGGCCAGGUGAUUCCACUGGUGGAGUUGUCAGCAAAGCAGGUAGCGUUCCACAUCCCUUUUGAGGUGGUGGAGAAGGUCUACCCCCCUGUCCCAGAACAGCUCCAGCUUCGCAUCGCCUACUGGAGCUUCCCUGAGAAUGAGGAGGACAUCAGGUUAUAUUCCUGCCUUGCUAACGGUAGUCCAGAUGAAUUCCAACGUGGAGAGCAGCUCUACAGGAUCAGAGCUGUCAAAGACCCGCUGCAGAUCGGCUUCCAUCUCAGUGCCACAGUGGUGUCUGGUCAGGCUGGUCAGCCUAAAGGAGCCUACAACGUGGCCGUCAUGUUUGACCGCUGCCGCAUUACUUCCUGCAGCUGCACCUGUGGCGCCGGGGCCAAAUGGUGUGCCCAUGUGGUCGCACUCUGCCUCUUUAGGAUCCAUAAUGCAUCAGCAGUGUGUCUGAGAGCUCCUGUCUCUGAGUCUUUGUCCAGGCUGCAGAGGGACCAGCUCCAAAAGUUUGCCCAGUACCUCAUCAGUGAGCUGCCUCAGCAGAUUCUACCAACAGCUCAGCGGCUGCUGGAUGAGCUGCUGUCCUCUCAGUCCACUGCCAUCAACACCGUGUGUGGAGCUCCAGACCCCACAGCAGGCCCUUCAGCAUCUGACCAGAGCACGUGGUAUCUGGAUGAGUCGACACUCAGUGACAACAUCAAGAAGACUCUGCACAAGUUCUGUGGGCCCUCACCUGUUGUCUUCAGUGAUGUAAACUCCAUGUACCUGUCGUCCACUGAGCCGCCGGCUGCCGCUGAGUGGGCAUGUCUGCUGAGACCUCUGAGGGGCCGAGAGCCAGAGGGCAUCUGGAACCUUUUGUCCAUCGUCAGGGAGAUGUUCAAGAGACGGGACAGCAACGCCGCCCCACUGCUCGAGAUCCUCACCGAGCAGUGCCUCACCUACGAACAGAUCAUCAGCUGGUGGUACAGUGUUCGGACCUCAGCGUCCCACAGCAGUGCCAGUGGCCACACCGGGCGCAGCAACGGCCAGUCAGAGGUGGCGGCUCACGCCUGUGCCAGCAUGUGUGAUGAGAUGGUGGUGCUAUGGAGGCUGGCAGUGCUCGACCCCACUAUGAGCCCCUGCAGGCGUCUGGAACUGGCAGGCCAGCUGAAGCAGUGGCACCUGAAAGUUAUCGAGAUAGUCAAGCGGGGACAACAUCGCAAGUCCCUGGAUAAACUGUUCCAGGGCUUCAAGCCCGCUGUGGAGUCCUGCUAUUUCAACUGGGAGGUGGCCUACCCUCUGGAAGGCAUCACCUACUGCAGUGCUGAUAAGAAGAGCGCCACAUUCUGCUGGUCCAGGGCAGUGCAGCUCCAAAGAGGAGCCAAAGCUGCUGCAGGAGCAGAAUCUUCUGAACCAGGGGGGGCAAGAGUUGAAGGUGGGGCUGGAGUAGAUUUUAAGGGAAGAGGAAGUGGUCACCAGGAGGUGGCAGUGCGACCCAAGGAGACCAUAUUGACAAAGAGGAAGGGUCUGUCAGUUAGUGGAGGAGGUGGGAUGCUGGUGCGUCUAGGAGGGAGUGUCUCUCUGGCCCUGGAAGACGGAGGAGGGAAGUGCAUGUACAAAGGGCCGGGCUCCUCCUCUGGAGGGAAGCUGAAAUUGACCCAAGGAGGUGGGAAGGGGGCUUCUGUAGGAGGUCCCGGAGGAAGUGGAGGGUUAGGAAGCAGUAAGCAUGCCAGUGCCAAGAGGAGAACCAGCAGUGAGGACAGUUCGCUGGAGCCGGACCUGGCUGAGCUCAGCCUGGAUGAUGGCUGCAGUCUGGCUCUGGGCGCUGAGGCCAGCAACACUUUUGAAUUUCUUCCCCCGCCACCGGAGAUGCUGCCCUCCCCGAGUCCACUGCUCCGAGACUCACGCAAGUACAGCAGCAGCGGGGGGAACAAGAUGUUUGAGACGAAGCGUGUCAGCCACGCCUCAGCUGCACUUCCUGCUGCAGAGCCCGCUCCACCCUGCUUCCCUCCAAAAGAGACGGUGGUGGUUGUCAUGGACAUGCCAAGCGCCACAGAGAAGGAAGCAGAGCUGGAGGUGGAGCCUGUCCAGAACCGAGAUGAAGAUGCAGACUCGGCCGGCAGUAACCAACCUUCCACUGCUGCGCCAAGAUCGGAGACCGCUGAAGCGCCUGCCAAGCCGCUGCCACAGGGCCGCAAAGAAGCGGCGUCUGCUGGAGCACCAGCAGCAGCAGCAGCAAGCGGGUCAGCAGCAGGUGGACCAGCUAACCCAGGAGCAGAGGGAGGAGCAGGUGGAGCUGCGGGAGGAGAGGCUGUGGGUGAGGACGACUAUCAGGCAUACUACCUGGGUGUUGCGUCAGAGGAGGGAGCAGACAGACAGCUGGCUGAAAACCACCAAGAGGAGGAGCCAGACAUCUUCGCAGGGAUGAAACCGCUGGAGCAGGAGGGGCGCAUGGAGGUGCUGUUUGCGUGUGCCGAGGCCCUCCAUGCUCACGGCUACAGUAACGAGGCUUGUCGGCUGGCCGUGGAGUUGGCCAGAGACCUGUUGGCCAACCCUCCAGACCUGAAGGUGGAGCAGCCUCAGACUAAGGGCAAGAAGAGCAAAGUGUCGACCAGCCGACAGACGCAGGUAGCCACCAACACACUGUCAAAAGCCGCCUUCCUCCUCACUGUUCUCAGCGAGCGUCUGGAGCUCCACAACCUGGCCUUCAGCACCGGCAUGUUCUCCUUGGAACUUCAGAGACCACCGGCAUCCACCAAAGCUCUGGAGGUGAAGCUAGCCUACCAGGAGUCUGAGGUGGUGGCCCUAUUGAAGAAGAUCCCUCUGGGUCUGGUGGAGAUGUCGGCCAUCAGAGAGCGAGCAGAGCAGCUCCGAGACGGAAACUUCUGUGAUUACAGACCUGUGCUGCCUCUCAUGUUGGCUAGCUUUAUCUUUGAUGUACUGUGUACCCCAGUUUGUGCAGUUGUGUCCCCAACGGGUUCCCGUCCACCAAGCCGCAACCGUAACAAUGAGAUGCCUGGUGAUGAGGAGCUGGGCUUCGAGGCUGCUGUUGCUGCACUCGGCAUGAAGACCACAGUAAGCGAAGCGGAGCAUCCUCUGCUGUGUGAAGGAACUAGACGUGUGAAAGGUGACCUGGCUCUGGCUCUCAUGAUCACCUACAAGGAUGACCAGAGCAAGCUCAAAAAGAUACUGGAUAAGUUGUUGGACAGGGAGAGUCAGACCCACAAGCCCCAGACCCUGAGCUCCUUCUACUCCAGCAAGCCAGCAGCCGGCAGCCAGCGUAGCCCGUCCAAACACACGGCCGCCAGCCACGGCGGCGUGAGCGGUGCCACGGGGGGCGUCUCCAAACAUGCGCCCUCGUCUUCAUCUGCAACCACUGUGGCAGCUUCUUCUUCCAGCUCUUCCUCUGCUGUGGCGCUGGCUGGUGAAGAUGUGGCUCAUCAGGCUGAACUGAACCCAGUGCAGAACAGCUCAGCAGGGGAGAGUACUGCUGAGACCAGGGAGCAUGUAUCAGAUGGGCCUCCUUCAUCAAGCGACCAGCAGAAUGAAACCGCUCCAUUUAAGCUGGAGGCCACGGUGCCCAGUCGGCUAGCACUGGGAGCACGCUGUGGAUACAGCCAACGCUGCUGGGGCUCACCUGUCCGGCAGAAGAAGAAACACACCGGUAUGGCAAGUAUUGACAGCAGCGCACCGGAGACGACCUCAGACAGCUCCCCCACCCUCAGCCGGCGGCCGCUACGUGGGGGCUGGGCAGCAACAUCAUGGGGGCGGGGUCAGGAUAGCGAUAGCAUCAGCAGCUCAUCGUCUGAUUCGCUGGGCUCCUCCUCGUCCAGCGGGUCUCGUAGGGCAGGGGGCGGUGCCAGGGCUAAGAGCACUGACACCAGCAGGUACAAAGGGCGACGUCCAGAGUGCCAUGCCCCUCACGUCCCUAACCAGCCCUCGGAGGCAGCAGCCCAUUUUUACUUUGAGCUGGCCAAGACGGUGCUUAUCAAAGCCGGAGGAAACUCCUCCACGUCCAUCUUCACCCAGCCCUCAGCCAGCGGGGGCCACCAGGGGCCCCACAGAAACCUGCACCUGUGUGCCUUUGAGAUUGGCCUGUAUGCUCUUGGCCUCCAUAACUUUGUCUCACCCAACUGGCUGUCCAGGACCUACUCCUCCCAUGUCUCCUGGAUCACAGGUCAGGCCAUGGAGAUCGGCAGCGCUGCCCUCAACAUCUUGGUGGAGUGCUGGGACGGUCAUCUCACUCCUCCAGAGGUGGCAUCCUUGGCUGACCGAGCGUCGCGGGCCAGGGACCCCAACAUGGUUAGAGCGGCGGCAGAGCUGGCCCUGAGCUGCCUGCCUCACGCUCACGCCCUCAAUCCUAAUGAAAUCCAGAGAGCCCUGGUGCAGUGCAAAGAGCAGGACAACGUCAUGCUGGAAAAGGCCUGCAUGGCAGUAGAGGAAGCAGCCAAGGGUGGAGGCGUGUACCCUGAGGUUCUUUUUGAGGUGGCUCACCAGUGGUACUGGCUGUAUGAGCAGUCAGUGGGUGGGGGCUCAGGCCAGCUGCGGGAGACCUCUGGCCGCUGUGGCGCUAACGGGGGUUCGGGCAGGAGGCCCCCCGAGUCCAAUUGCGUCCUCGACAGCGGAGCCAACAUGGAGUCUCAGGGGAUGACGACAGUCACGGCCUCGGUCACCGCGGCAGCCGUUGUACCUGUCAUCUCUGUGGGCUCCACCAUCUAUCAGUCCCACCCCAUGCCCGGCCAGGCCAUGGCUCAUCCCCACAGCCAGGGCCUACACCCCUACACCACCAUCCAGGCCCAUCUCCCCACCGUGUGCACCCCGCAGUACCUGGGACACCCGCUGCAGCACGUCCCCCGACCCACCGUCUUCCCUGUGUCUGGGGCUGCGUAUCCACAGGGAAUGCACCCAGCCUUCAUCGGAGCCCAGUACCCGUUCUCAGUGGCCACUGGCCCUCAGCCACCCAUGGCAGCCACAGCUGUGACCUUCCCCGGUGUCCCUGUACCGUCCAUGACUCAGAUCGCCGUCCACCCAUACCACACUGAGACCGGCCUGCCCCUCAGCACCACUGUAGCAGUCGGCAGCGUCCACUCGGGCCCCACUAUCCAGGCCAUACAGGGGGCUUCUCUUCCCUCCCUCUCCUCCCAGCCCGGCUCAUUGGUCAGCACUCCUUUCCCAGCUGAGGACGAGCAGCACAGCCAGCCAAUCAGCCAACAGGGCCUGCACUACCUGCAUUCUGCCUACAGAGUUGGCAUGCUGGCAUUGGAGAUGCUGGGCAGGAGGGCUCACAACGACCACCCCAACAACUUCUCCAGGAGCCCACCUUACACCGAGGACGUCAAAUGGCUGCUGGGACUGGCUGCAAGACUAGGAGUCAACUAUGUGUACCAGUUCUGUGUGGGAGCAGCGAAAGGCGUCCUCAGUCCAUUCGUCCUGCAGGAGAUCAUCAUGGAGGCUCUGCAGAGACUCAACCCCGCCCACAUCCACGCCCAUCUACGAACACCUGCUUUCCACCAGCUCGUCCAGCGCUGCCAACAGGCCUACCUGCAGUACAUCCACCACCGGCUCAUCCACCUGACCCCAGCCGACUACGAUGACUUCGUCAACAUCAUCCGCAGUGCCCGGAGCGCGUUCUGCCUGACGCCUGUAGGGAUGAUGCAGUUCAACGACGUGUUGCAGAACCUGAAGAGAGGCAAGCAGACCAAGGAGCUGUGGCAGCGCAUCUCUCUGGAGAUGGCAACCUUCUCCCCCUGAGCGUGCUGCUCAGCAGGGAGAGCGCGCUGGCCCCUGGGGCCCCCUGAGCUCCAGGAGUCCCAUCCAGCGCCAACUCAGCAUCCAGCAUUGCUACUGCCAUUGCACUGAGCUGGCCACAUUCAUGCUGUCUGGUUCUGUCAGGGACCCUGCUCCCUGCUAUGUGGACUCAAACAAACACAGCACACAGGCAGUACAAUCAGCUCCCGUACCCCCCGACCCGCAGAGACUUCCUUUUUUUGUGUGCUCGUCCACCCGGAGCUCCGAGGAGAAGCUGGGUCCACUUCCUGCUCUCCUCUGCUCUCGACAGACUCCUCACUCUGGUUUUCUCAUGGUUCAUGUUUGUGUAACUGUGGAAUUAAAAAGUGUACUCCUUCCUUUCUUCAUCUAACUCGUCUCUUCCAUUUCCCCUAAACUGAAGACAUUGAUGGGGAUCUCUCACUCUCAGUCCUCACUUCAUUUCCAGUGUUUUGUAGUUUUGUUUAGUUUUGUUGUUUUUGAAUGAAACCACUCGAGCGUGGUUCAUUUUCAUGCUGCAACAUUCCUGUCCAGAGUGCUCGGUGCUGUGAGGCCUCAAUCGCCAAAAGCGUGUCACUAUGGAUCAGAAUCUUUGCAGAGGGAGAGGAGAAAGAUUUGCAAGGAAAAAAAGGUUUAAUAUGAGAAAUUAUAUUGUGAGUAUGGGUGAGGAUUUUUCAGUAUUUUGUUUAAUCUUUUUUUGAUACUUUGUAUAAAAUAUGACUCGUGUAUGCAGAGAGGAACGGGAAGAGAACUGAAAGAAUGUUAAAGGUGCUGUUGUUGUUGUGUGGCAUCCAUAUUUACAUUUCAGCCUGCCUGAGGAGUGACACGAACACCGCUCCAGACCAGAGCCAGAGGUCACCUAACCACUGCUGUGCCAAGCACUCACUGUGCAAACAGUCACAACAUCUGGAUCAGUUCUGACUCGUCAGCGUGGCUCGGUAUCAUUUCAAAUCUUUCGCCGUGGGUGUCAAAAAAAAUGCCACAUCCACUCUGUAACGCUGUCUGAGCAUGAGCGUGCAUAAUCUCAGCUAAAAUACUGAAUUCAGUGUUGUCUGUCACUAGUUGCCGAUGCUGCUUUUUGAGUGCGCGCUAAUUAGUGUACACUCAAAAAGCGUUGAGACAGGCCAAGGUGCUUCUCAGUGAGAGGUUCAGGGAAGCAGCUCUGCUCUGCUCCUCAUUGGACGCGGUGAAACAAACCGGAUUUGCCAAACGAGUCGGCUCAAGCUCAUCCUCGUUGCAAAAAAAAUACUGUAAAUCUGAUCUCUGUGGGGCUUGUAAAGAACAUUUUAGGUGCAGCUAACAGGAAUGAGCGUACCACACCCCUGUGUUAGAUGGAGCUUCUGCCCCCACCGCUCAGGAGGGAAACUGAACAAGCCACAUGAGAUCUCUGCUUCGUUGAGAGGUGGUUGGGAGUGAAGUACUUUAUUUGGCAAAUAUUUUUUCAAUGGGAAGCACAGUGUCACACAGUGGAUAGGAUGGGCCCACGCAGGGCUGAGGCAGCAGCUGUGUCUCAUUUUUGGCCACCUUGGUCCAGGCUCACACUUCACUGCUUGAAUUCGGAGGUGUUCCAAAAAGAGACUACAGCUGAUUUUGCCAUGCCACUGCAAUGACUCGUCUCAGAGCACACAUGCUAGUCUUAACAAAGGCUGUGAUGUUGUAACCUUGAGGCCCCCUGAAAUGAGAUGCAGCCGUGGUUCGGCUCUGGAAAGCCCUGCUUCACUGAGCUGUGUAAUGCAUGAGUCCAAACACUCAGCUGGACCUGUCAGAAAUCAGACACAUGAGUGUGUUUGAGUGGCCCCUUUCUUCAGUGUGGUUAGCUCAUAGACCAUGGUGCUGUUACUUUAAGACAUGUCAACGUUUCCAUCUCUGUCUAGGCAGCUGCUGUGGUUCUAAACCCGCCUCUCUGAUUGGCUCUGGACCUCACAGGUGAAGGUGACUUAGUAGAAAAUGUACUGUGAUAUUUUUGUAUUCCUCAAAAAGUGUAGCUUGAUUGAAAAGUUCUAUAUGUGCUGAUUGCAGAAGGUUCUAAUUUAGAGUGAAAAGAAUAAAAAAAGAUAAAAGCAAUACUAAAAGUGUAGAGUUUACUUAAUAAAGAUAAUUCAAAGCAC